AGUUCAGUGCUCGCCGCCGUAGCAUAAACAACCGCGCACACGGACAUACGGAAGCGUUGCGUCGCGUCGCGUCGAAUACCUUUGUACUUGCAGGCGAACAGCUAGGAGAUAGAUAUCCCUUCGGUGCGUGCCGUCGUACAGUGACGGAUGAUCCUGACAGGCGCAAGGGAACGCACGGGGUGACAGCAGGAGGGUGGAUAGAUGGCGCUGGGGCAUGCGUUUUGAGAAUCCUUUUUGGCGUGCGAAGGGCGGUUAUAGGGUUGCCAGCGGGAGUUCGGCCUUAGAGUGGGUUCAAAAAUAGAACUUCGGAGUGAACGACGUCAGCGAUUCAAAGUGCAUCGCGGGCGCGUCAAGUUUCGGAGAUAUUAAUAGCGCACGCGGGUCGUCGGUUUGUGCAGUGCGCUAAUGAUUUAAUUACGGGAAGAGAUUAGUGGCAAUGUGCGCCCGCUGAAGAGGGCUGGGGAUCUUGGCGAACGGAAGCCCGAAGGAAGGAAAGGAGGGCCUCGGCGGUUCCAAGAACGACAACAGCUUCGAACGUCGUCGGUCGGUCCCGGAAAGUGAGAUUCAAGCAUAAAUUUAUGCCGUCUUGACAUGCAAGCUAGAAGCGAAGGAACCUAAAGAAGGAAGGCAGCAAAAAGCAGAUCAGCAUCUUCCGUGAGUGUCUACGAAUGUGUUUAGUGGUUCGAUUCUCGGGAAGAUCUUCGUUGGGCGAAGAGAAGUGAUGCAGGAGGAAGAAGUUCCGUUGAAAGUGAAUCUCCCGGAUCGAAUGGUGUUCAAACAAACCACGCCCGAUUGUUCGUUUGUUUCGGAGUCCGAAUUGUGUGUUUUAUCUCGCACGAAGGAUGAGGUGUAAUCUCGGGUCCUGAAUCCCAAAAUCACAUUAUUGGGAAGCUACGGAGGAAGCGCCACGGUGUAGAGCCUCGUAAAUCAACCCGGUUUUCGACGAUAACCUCCGGUUGUGUUUGUAGCGACGAUUUAUGAGCUUUUCGACACAAAGUGAAUCGAUGUUUUCAGUGCCAUUAUAUCAUUCGAGUUUGAUUUCGAUAAUCGCCAGCGAAGAAGAAAUGGAAUGAUACCAUUCAUUGGAGGAAGUGUCGAUGCAAGAAGCGUUAAUGGAAAUCAACAAUGUUGGUCUGAUUUCUGCGAAAAAAGAAGAGGUGUUGAUGCAAAAAUUAUAGGAUUUUUAAAGGAGACCGGCUGAGGAGAUAUCCAACUGUUUGAUGGUUAACUGCAUGGCAGCACACUUGGCGAGUCGUCGAUGAAGCAAUACCCACUGCCAAAAAACGGUUCCAACACUCCAAACCUCCCUCUACCAGAAACCAGUUGAGCAGUGAAGUGCACUUCAAACACUGUGGAAACAUCAAAAGUAACAAGCAAACGAGAAAAGUGAAAACCCAAAACCAACACCCCUCGCAGGAGACGACACGAAACCGGGAUCGGUCAAAUUGCAGCCAAACCCCCGUCCGGAGUAAACAAAUUUAUUCAAAUCCAAAACGCUACACCGUCACAAUUAAAUAACACUCUCGGUUUUUUUUUUUCGUUUCGAGCUUCAUGAACCGUAACAUGUGUGUAAAGAGAGGAGGAUGGUGAAUCACGAUUUCUGACGCGCGAUCAAAAGGCCAAGCACAAAGCGGAUCAAGAGUGUAUAUUAGAACGAAGGCAGUGGACGAAGAAGAGUCGAGUGCAGCAAAAGCAACGCAACGAUCAGAAGGCGCGAUGCGGAGCGUGGUCUUUAUUUAUUCUGGCCGGCUGCCAACAUAAUGGUGAUAAUUAUUGUUAGCUGAAUGAAGCGCGAAGGCGCUGUAGCAGAAGGCGAAGUGGAAUAACUCGGAGAAUUAAGUGCUGCGGGAGAGGUGAAUUGUGCGAAAGCGAUACGGCGACGAAGCAGGUGUGAAAUCGGGAAGUGAUCUUAACGUUUCCGCGGAAACGGGCAAUAAAUGGUGAGGUGUGGUGCAUGAUUGCCUCGACCGCUGGGAAGCAGAUAAGCAGAUUUUCUUGGGGGAAUAGACGUUAGAGGAACGCGAUGGAUACCGUCUGGCGAACGGUGCUUGUCAUCGGACUGGCGCUUUGCCAUGUUUCAAAAGCUCAACUUCGGACGCCCCGGAUAACGGAACACCCGAGCGAUGUGUUGGUGCCGAAAAACGACCCGGUCACGUUGAACUGCAAGGCGGAAGGCAAACCCGAACCGGAAAUCCGGUGGUACAAGGAUGGCGAACCGGUCAAAUUCACUCCGAAUCACGUGCUGCUUCCGUCGGGAUCGUUGUUCUUCCUGCGGACCGUCCACAGCAAGAAGGAACAGGACGGCGGAGUUUACUGGUGCGUUGCGAGCAAUGCAGCCGGAACGGUCAACAGUCGGAAUGCGACCCUUCAGAUUGCAGUGCUCCGCGACGAGUUUCGGGUGGAACCGAAAGACACUCGGGUGGCCGCCGGCGAGACGGCUCUGCUGGAAUGUGGUGCCCCGAAGGGCAAUCCCGAGCCCACCAUCAGCUGGCGGAAGGACGAAAUCAUGCUGGAGCUGGACGACUUUCGGCCGGCCUCAGCAUCGGGCAAGGAACCGGCUCGAGUUCGAAUAGUGGACGGAGGCAAUCUGCUGAUUAGCGACGUGAGGCCGACGGACGAGGGCCGGUACCAGUGCAUCGCGCAGAACAUGGUCGGCUCCAGAGAGAGCGGCUCCGGAAAGCUGACCGUGCAAGUGAAACCAUACUUCAUCAACGAACCGACGGACAUUACCGUCCUGGUUGGCCAACGGGUCCAGUUCCAGUGCACCGUGGGGGGCGAUCCCCACCCGCAGAUUCUGUGGAAGAAAGAAAACGGGCACAUUCCGGUCGGCCGGGCCGAGAUUCUGGAAGAGGACCGCAGUUUGGUCAUCAAGAACGUGGCUCAGGAUGAUCAGGGCAUCUACAUCUGCGAAGCGCACAACUCGGUCGGGCAGAUCAACGCCAAGGCCCAACUCGUGGUGAACUCUUCCCCAACGUUCAUAAUCAAACCGCAGGAUCAGCGGACAAACCUGAAUGGAGUGGCCACCUUCAAGUGUACGGCCUCCGGUAAUCCACCGCCAUCCGUAUUCUGGACCAAGGAGGGCUCCCAAACGCUGAUGUUCCCCAACAAUACCUACGGGAACAUUCACAUCUCCAGUCAAGGUUCCCUCCAAGUCCGAGGAGCCCAGAAGGAAGACGACGGGUACUUUGUCUGUUCGGCCUUGAGCGUUGCCGGAUCAACUACUAGCAGAGCUUAUCUCCAGGUCACCAGCUCGUUCGACAGCAGUCCUCCACCGGUGCUGCAAGAAGUCCCAUCCAACCUGACCCUCCCUCGAGGCAGCAUAGCUAUGCUUCCCUGUCGCGGUUCCGGCCCAACUAGUCCUAAAAUCUACUGGAAGAAGAACGCCACCGACAUAACCGCCCUUGGGCCACGCUUCUCCAUCGUCCAAGGCGGGACGUUGAAAAUUGACGACAUUCAACCAGAAGACUCCGGUUGGUACUCGUGUGUCGCAUAUUCCGAAAAAGGAGAGACAUCUUGGAGUGCAUUCCUGCAGGUCGAGAAAAAUCUCUCCACCAUGCUGCCUCGUUCCGGCAGUCCAGAGUUACUCCCGGUGGCACCAUCCAUUCCGAAAGCCGUCAACAUCACCAACAGCAACGUUACGCUCAUGUGGACCAAAAUCGGCGGCGGAGGUGAAGAUUCUCUACAGGAGAAGCUCUGGAACAACCCCGUCAGUGGCUACUUGGUGGAAUAUUACAGCCCAGAUGAGAAGAAGGGAUGGAUCCGGGCAAUUCGGGUUCCUGGAAACACUGCCACGAUCACAAACCUCUCACCAUCCACAUCGUACAUCUUUGUGGUGCGGGCGGAAAACGCUUACGGUUACUCGGCUCCGUCCCCGCUGUCCAACCUGAUCCGGACUCUUUCGGCAGACGAUGGCGUCACCAUGCCGGAAGAACUGGAAGCCGCUCGGAUGGUGCUCAAUGGCAAGAUCCUGGAACUGGUCGACGCCGUCGCGAUAAGCUCCACAUCCGUUCGACUCGAGUGGCAACUGCACAUCUCCAGCACCGAGGAGUACAUCGAAGGGUUGUACGUUCGCUAUCGGGACCUUGGCGCCAACUCGCAGAAAUAUAGCAUGCUAACCAUUCCGAACAACGCCGCCGAGAUGCACGUCAUCACCAAUCUGGACAAGUUCACCCGGUACGAGUUCUUCCUGACGCCAUUUUUCAAGAAUGUCGAGGGACAACCCAGCAACUCCAAAGUGGUACAAACGGCUGAGGAUGCUCCGACGGCAGCUCCGGUCAACAUUCAAACGGGGAUGCUGAACUUGACGGCCGGAUGGGUCAAGUGGUCUCCACCGCCUGCGGAGCAUCAGAAUGGGGUGCUGCUGGGGUAUAAAAUUCAGGUCAAAGCGGGAAACUCAUCGAAGACGCUCGCGUCAAUGACCCUGAAUUCGACAACGACCUCGGUUAUGCUGAACAACCUGACGACCGGUGCAACAUAUCGAGCACAGAUUGUUGCCUUCAACCGAGUCGGAGCCGGGCCGUACUCCAAGCCCGCAUACUUAAUAAUGGAUCCAGCUCACGUAAUAGCUCCUCCUAGGGCCCAUAACUCUCUCAGCGAUAUCGGAGGCUAUCGUCAUCACAACUUCAUGCACGAAACGUGGUUUAUGGUGUUCGUAGUGCUCGCCCUGUUGAUCAUUUUGACCUUCACGGUAGUUGGAGUGGUCGUGUUCAUCAAAAAGCGUCAGAAUAUGAGCAAGGCAAUGGUCACAGUGCCGGUCAUAACCAGCGGAGACUUGGCCAGCUUGAACCUCACGCGGAAAGAUUGCCUCUGGAUCGAUCGAGGUUGGAGAUCAACCGAUACCGAUAAGGACUCCGGUUUGAGUGAGAUGAAGCUACUGGAGAGUUCGCAAAACCCUUCCAACUACACGGAUGUUGGAACGGAUUACGCCGAAGUUGAUCCACGGAACAUCGUUUCGUUCUACAAUUGUAGAAAGUCUCCGGACAAUCCCUCGCCAUACGCAACCACAAUGAUCAUGAAUGGUCAUCCCAACCAGAAUGGUCAUGAAGCGUAUUCAUCAGCCAACUCUAGCUUGAGGUCGGACAUUCCCUAUGGUCCUGGACAUCCGAAACCAUUCGCGAUGCCCUACAGUACAGCUCCCUCUAACUGGAUCGACUUCCUACCCCCUCCACCGGAACACCCGCCACCCAUUCCGCAAGCUCUAGACCACCACCUACAUUUGAACCACGUGUACCCCUCGGAGCUAAUCGGAACCUCCAGUUCCCAAGGUUCUCGAUGUGGUUCAGGUCUUUCAACCAGCUAUAACGCUCACCACUCAUAUCAAUACGUAGAUCCGUCGCUCCUGGGACGAGGUUCCCGAAGCAGUAGCAACGAACUCCGCAGUCCACCGACAUCUCAACCGCCGCAACCACCGACCCAUCUCUAUCUGCCGCAUCCUCCACAUUCCGCUUCAUCUCUCACCAACGGGUCCAACCCCAGUGAGGUCUACUUCAACGACGACAUCUACAACAGUCCGGUAAAAAGUGCCGACCCACCCGGAAUGGGUCCACCACUACCACCGCCUCAACACUUCAAACUUCCAAGUUCCUCGUCCGCGUCCUCAAUUUCCUGCUGUCCGUCGAAUCAAUCCCGUGGAAGUCAACAGCACCAGCGGUACCAGCAGUUCCAGCAGCAACAGCAAGCCCACCAGGACUUUCUGGACUACCAACAGCAGCAGCAACAGCACCAGCUGGGGCACGCAUUGGCGACGCCCUCAUCCGAGAUGCACAUUCAGCAUCAGAAACGAUUAUGCGGUAGCUGUGACGUACUUCCAGGUGGUGGUGCUGGCAAUCAACCCAUGAAAGCCAUGCCCUACUCCCACGGAGGAGGAACAGCACCGGGUGUGGGCUCCACCGAGUCCCACCUCCAACCGCAUCGGCCUCCUCUGCUGCACAGCGUCAGUCUCAGCAAUGGGCACUCCACCGAGCACGAGAAUGGCACCUGCUUCAAUGGGACCUGCUCUUCGGACGGUUCCGGCACCGGAAGCAGCGGAAGUGGUGGAUUCUCUCAGCGGUCCAAGUUCGCCCGCAAGGUGCAUGUAAAUAUUGAAAACGCCCUCAAUGGAAACUAUCACCAUAAUCACCCACAUCAGCAUCAGCAUCAUCAUCAUCAUCACAAUCAUCAUCACAAUCAGCAUAAUCAUCCGAACGGACAGCAGCAGCAGCAACAGGAGACGAUCAGCGAACACGAAGAGACUGAAAACGACAAAAUGCUUAAUAGUUAUAGUUGUGACACGGACGGCGAGGUGACGACGCUGAGCAACGGUUGCGGCCUCGGGAGGGAUGACUGCGAGGACGACGGGGACGAUACGUGUUGCUCGUGCAGCGAGGAGGGAUCCUUCCUGUACGAGGAACCGAUUCAGGUCAAGUAGAGAUCCGUUGCCGUGCGACGCUCGAACGUUCCUAUGUAAUUAUUCCUUCUCUCGCUGAUAGUGAUGGGCACUCGUUGGUAGCGAACGAACGAACGAGUAAAUCCUUUUUCUUUCAGUUAGGUUACAGAGGGCUGCGUAAUCGUAGUUGGUGCGGUAGCGUGGUAUUUAUGAUAAGAUCUUUCCAUGGGGUGUAGGGUGCGGCUUGUUUUUCGAAUGUUUUCAGAAUCAAAAGUUGGUAUACUCUUCCGAAUUCUAAUCUUUUUUAUAAGAGAAACUUCAAAAUUAUACCUGAAAUUAUUCAGAUCUAUGGGUGGUUUAAGCGAUUUGAAGGUGAAUGUUCAGUAAAAUUUACAAAAUAUUGUUAUUUUUCAACCAAUUUCGAUUAGUUUAGCAUCAUUCUGUUCAAAAUCAAAUUUAUAAAAAGUUUGUGAAAAUAUCGAUUUUUUUAAACUUUAAACUAGUAGGAGCACAUCUUCAGUACCGGACACGCAGGCUGUUAAAUUCUAAACAUUAAAACUUUUGUGUUUAUGCAAUGUCAAUAUCAAUUUCUACUAAAUAUGAUAACUUUCGUUACAUAAUACAAUAGAUUCGGAAAUAUCAAUACAAACUCCAGCAUUGAAUUUAAAUGAUCUAUUUAAGGCGAAGUAGGCCGCCAUUGAAAUUUGUACGCGUUUUUGAUUAUUGCUGCCAAAUCAUCUCACGAU